GACUUAGAGUUUAAAACUACUCUAAUAUGACUACCGCAACAAAUGGAAGUUGGUUUACUCUAGCCGUGCUGUUUGUGACAUGGACUGGAGGUUGCGCCGCCCCAAGCCUAGAUUGCUGCGAACGCGAUCUCGGUACCUACCCAGCGUCCCUGACUUGUUGGACGGCCUGUUCUUUCCGCCGUGUCCCCGCGCCAUUGCCGCCCAAUCUGACACUCGUGUGGAUAGAGGGACAGGAUAUCACAAACAUCAAGGCAGGGGAUUUUCUCCGUCAUGAUGUUUUGAAGAGGCUGUAUAUCAGGAACAGUAACGUUGUGGUACUACAACCAGGGGCCUUUGAAAGCUUACCUUCCAUUACAACACUCGAUCUUCGUUCUAACAAGAUAAGGCGAUUGCAGGCAGAGACUUUCAAGGGUCUGGUCCAGCUUGCUAUUUUAAACUUGGACGACAAUAAAAUCCAUCACAUCGACAGAUAUGCUUUUGUCAGGCUCGUCAGACUACGAAGACUCGAUCUAGAUGGGAACUGCCUUUCUAGCAUUCCCCAAGGGACUCAGUCAACUGUAAAGUUAUCGAUCCUGCUUAGAGGUAAUCCUAUCACAUCGAUCCCAGAUGUUGAUGAACUACGCCACAUUACGAGUCUAUAUUUUCUUAUAACCGAGGGGACUGAGCUGCAGUGCGACUGCAAGCUGAGAGAUAUCAAGAGAUGGCUCCUUGAAAAUUCCCAUUUGAGAUGGAACAUCGGGUGCGUGGUCGGUGCCACUGUAGUGAAUGUCCGGCACGUGGAUUUGGAGGAUCUCAGGUGUGCCUCACCUGACGUGUCCGUUACGUUAGACACCCGUGCUACCACAGGUGACGCUUCUUUCACCUGCCGGACAGACUGCCAGGAAGGUCUGACGUUCGCGUGGAUCACACCGAGUGGAGACUACAGACCGCCGAGCUACGAGUACUCUCAGAACUACACGCACGUCAGCAACUCGUCUUGUAAAGACUCGGCUGUCACACGCCUGGAAACCAGGAGGAUGUGUUACUCCGUGUUGAACGUCCCUGGGGCUGGUGAUGACGUAGAGGGUACCUACACCUGUCUGGUGACAGCUGACCAUACGGACAACGCGAGCGCAUCCGCCGUACUGACCGUCAGUAGUGGCACGACGGAGAAAAGUACCUCCAGAGCGAACAGCCAGGAGCUUAAGACAACAGUCAGUGGCAUCACACCACCCGAUACAGAUGUUGAAAAGGAUACAGCAAAUCGCCCGGACCUUGAGCUGUCCACUACUCAGCUCGUGUUGGUGGGUCUGGGCUCUUUCUGCGGAUGUACCGUUAUUGUCGUGGUGCUAGCUGCUUGUGUGAGCUGGUGUCACGGUAAAGGAGUCCGUCAGGCGGACAGAGCCGACGGAGGAAGGGCCGCUCCAGACGGACACAACGGAACCGAUGACGGGGGCGGUCACUACGAAAAUGACGACCAGUUUUCUGACACAAACGGAGACUCGGGAGGACAUUAUGAGAACGACGAUCAGUUUUCUGACACAGGAGGGGCUAGAGGUGGUCACUACGAAAAUGAAGACGAGUUUUCUGACACGAACGGAGACUCAGAAGGCCAUUAUGAGAACGAUGGCGAGUUUACAGACACUGAAGGAGCUACAGGCGGACACUACGAAAACGAAGAUCAGUUGUCAGACACCGGAGGGACCAGAGAAGCAAACUACGAGAACGACGAUCAAUUCUCUGAAGAUGACUCGAGAAAGAACUCCCACAAGACCGUCCCAGGUCACCAGGUCAGCGGGUCCCCAGCGAAAACGUCCUCCGCUGCGAGAGCCAAAAGGAACAGGCGCCGUCACAACAAGAGGAGCUUGGUCAAAAGAAGAGCAGCGUCAAGCAACAAACCUGCCGCGCCGGCUUCAAAUAUUGUUGUUGUUCAUGCGGAGGUACACGCAGUUGGACACUACGACAACGAAAGUAAAGACGGGGGACAAAACUCAAGCGACAGAAUCUCUACGACAGCCUCAGCCAACAGGACAUCUGGUGACAAAGAACAAACGUCUGGGCACUACGACAACGACAAGACCGCCAAAGGUUCGGACAAUAAAAGCGAUGAUGACAGUGACUCAUCAGAUCACGACUAUAUGUCGUUACCAGAGAACAGCAUGGUGGGAAGACAUGUAGGACACGAAGAGGAUAAAAAUCCUGUCUCCACUUCUGCAAGUGAAGCUGAAGUAUCAGAGAAUGAGUAUGUGACGCUUCCUGGUACGGAAAAUGCCGGUGAGAACUCUGACCACACGUAUGUGACGCUUCCUGGUACGGAAAAUGCCGGCGAGAACUCUGACCACACUUACGUGACGCUUCCUGGUACGGAAAAUGCCGGCGAGAACUCUGACCACACUUAUGUGACCCUUCCUGGUACGGAAAAUGCCGGCGAGAACUCUGACCACACUUAUGUGACGCAUCCUAGUACGGAAAAUGCCGGCGAGAACUCUGACCACACUUAUGUGACGCAUCCUAGUACGGAAAAUGACGGCGAGAACUCUGACCACACGUAUGUGACGCUUCCUAAUACGAAAAAUGCCGGCGAGAACUCUGACCACACUUAUGUGACGCUUCCUGGUACGGAAAAUGCCGGCGAGAACUCUGACCACACUUAUGUGACGCAUCCUAGUACGGAAAAUGACGGCGAGAACUCUGACCACACGUAUGUGACGCUUCCUAAUACGAAAAAUGCCGGCGAGAACACUGACCACACUUACGUGACGCAUCCUAGUACGGAGAAUGCCGGCGAGAACUCUGACCACACUUAUGUGACGCUUCCUGGUACGGAAAAUGACGGCGAGAACUCUGACCACACUUGUGUGACACCUCCUGGCACAGAAAAUCCUCCGGCUGUACAAUUGAAAACGCUACAGGAAGACGGACACAUUUUUACAGCUUCCGUCACAACUUUUUCCGACUUAAACUACAGUUCAAGUCAUGUUGAUGUGACAGUUCCUGAAACAGACAAUGCUGAUGAACAGCAAGGCAAAAUGGAUAAGUAA